CAGGAUUUUCUCAGCAUCCGCAACUCUUAAAUUUAUUUUGAAAAGAAGUUGAAAAGUGAUGAUAACGAUGUAUUUCUCUUAUUUGUAGGCAUCUAAAUAACAUGAAGUAGCGAUGAAUAAGUGGUCACCUUUUGGGUUAUUUCUAUUUAUAUCAUAGAAAUUCUAGGACAGUAUGAGUAGAAAUGUUGGUAUCCUUAGGCAAAGUGCACAAGUAUUCAUUUCACGAUCGCAAAAUAUUUUCGAGAAUUUAGCGUUUGAGGAAUGGUUGCUGCGGAAUCGUAGACCGGAUGAGGAAAGUGAAUCGAUGUUAAUUUGGAGCAACAAACCAGCAGUAGUCAUUGGGCGUCAUCAGAAUCCAUGGCUAGAAGCAGAUUUAAACUAUUUAAAAUCUAACAAUAUUGAAUUAGUUAGACGUCACAGUGGUGGUGGAGCUGUUUACCACGAUUUGGGUAAUCUUAAUAUAUCCAUAUUGACAUCAUACCAAAGACAUGAUAGAAAAAGGAAUUUACGCAUGGUAGCUAAAGCACUCAGUGAAGAAUUCAAUAUCAAAGUGCAGCCGAAUGACCGCGACGAUCUUUGGCUACAACCUGGCCAACGGAAAAUCUCAGGAACAGCAGCGCGAAUUGUUCGCCAAGUGGCAUAUCAUCAUUUUACAUUACUUAUAAAUGUUGAUGUUGCUAUCCUAAAACGUUCUUUAUCGUCUCCUUUUCGUGAAACGAUAUUAACAAAUGCUACUCGAAGUGUACAAGCACCAGAAGUUGGCUAUUUAGCCCAAGAGAUUCCUGAUAUUACAACUGAAAAAGUGCAGAAUGUUAUAAUGAAAUCAUUCAAGAAACAGUAUUUGCAUACCGAUGUUACUAUACUUUCGGACGUAAUGAAUGAUCAGGAAUUUCCGGGUGUAUUGGAAUGCGAAAAAGAGUUACGAAAGUGGGAAUGGAUUUAUGGUAGAACACCUCAGUUCACUCUGCCACUUUACAGCGACCGAAUACGGAUUGAACACGGUGUAAUUACUAAAAGCUUGGAGAAUCAAAAAUUAGUCGGUAGCCAAUUGUCGGAAAACGUAAUGCAGACCUAUUUAGGUUUCGCUGUUAAACCUAUUCUUGGGACUGAUACAGCCAAAUACCUGGCUGAAAUGAAGGCUUAUUUAUGUGAAAUUCCGAAAGGUUACGAUCCGAAACUUAUUGCCUUAAAUGCUACCGUAGUUGCCACUCUUUUUGGUGCUUUAAUCUAUCCUUUUUAUGCUUACUUGACUGGUAAUAAUACUGUUACUGAAAAUAAAGAAACUGUUUAA